CGAUCUCGUCGAGUCUCCCGCCCAACUCGCCACAUCCCGAGCGAGGCAAAGCGUCACGAACCAGUCAGGGCAUGUCAUCAUCAUCAUCGAGCUUAGCACUCCGACGACAGCUCAACGCCGAGUUCAGGAAACACCCUGUCGAUGGUUUCUCUGCCGGUCUGGUGGACGAUGCCAACGUGUACGAAUGGGAGAUCACCAUUUUCGGUCCCGCCGAUACACUCUACGAGGGAGGAUUUCUGAGGGCGAGGAUGAGCUUCCCUGAAGAAUUCCCUUUGAUGCCGCCCAAGCUCAAAUUCGUCACGCCCAUGUGGCAUCCCAACAUCUACUCUGACGGUCAACUGUGCAUCUCGAUUCUCCACGCGCCGGGAGAUGAUCAGUACGGGUACGAAGAUGCAGGCGAGAGAUGGCUACCCGUACAUACUGUCGAAUCGAUCCUCCUCUCGGUCAUCUCCUUGCUGUCGGCCGAUGUACCCAGUCUAGACUCGCCCGCCAACAUCGACGCCGCCAAAGAAGUCAGAGAAGAUUAUGCGAGCUACAAGAAGAAAGUGAGAAGGCUCGUCAGACGAUCUGCAGAAGAAGCAUACGACUAGACGAUACCCAUCCUCUCUCCGCGGUUGGACGAUCUCUCUCGCAAUCGCAAUUCGUGUUGCCCAAGAGCACACUGGGCGAGAAGUAUACAAGACAAGACGACCGUCUGAUCUACAUCACCUGUUGUUGAAAGUUCGCCACAUCGAUGUAUCAUACCGCGCAAUCACCCCACC